CCCACACAUACCACCCCCACCACCACCACCAGCAUACUCUCACACCCUGGCCAGGUGUAUAUAUACACGCACACACUCUCGCACGCCGACCUAUCUAGACAUCAUAUUCUGCGCGCGUCCCACAGAUCCGAGGCUUCUGAACUACUCGCCACAGGAGUUCACCCAUGGCGAACGACAGGAAAACGCGCGGAGAUCGCGCCCGCGAAUCGCUCGCCUCCUGGAGAGCAUUCCUGUGGAACCCGCGAACAAGGGAGUUCUUGGGUCGAACCGGGACCAGCUGGGCCCUCAUCAUCGGCUACUAUGUCAUCUUCUACCUCGUCCUGGCCGCGAUGUUCGCCUUCACCAUGUGGGUGAUGCUGCAGACGAUCAGCGACGAGAGGCCCAAGUACCAGGACCGCGUCCAGAACCCUGGCGUGAUGAUCCGGCCGCGUACGGAGAAUCUGGACGUCACCUUCAACAUCUCCCAAAGCGAUUCCUACUCCAAAUUCACGCAGUCCAUCGACUCCUUCCUCAAGACCUACGACAACCAGUCGGUGGAGUGGCCUCGGUGCACUCCGGGAUUCUUCCGCGACGAGCAGGGAUCCCCCGUGGGCCACCUCCUGACCGCUGUGCCCACGCGUUGCUACUUCAACCGCUCGCUGCUCGCAAACUGCUCGGGGCUCAGCGACCUCAGCUACGGCUACGCCAGCGGUCAGCCAUGCGUGCUCGUCAAGAUCAACCGCGUGAUCGGCUACAAGCCUGGGGACACGAACAUAUCAGCGAGCGUCAACUGCACAGCGAAAGACACGGACCUGGGACCUCUGAAGUUCUACCCUGAAAACAAAUUCGAUCCAAUGUACUUCCCCUACUAUGGCAAGAAAACAGACGGUGCCUACCGUCAGCCCGUGGUGGCCGUGCAGUUCCUGAGCCCGCCCCGCAACACCGAUCUGCAGGUGGUGUGCCGCCUGUCGGGGCCCAACGUAGUCGUGGACGAAAACAACCGAGACAAGUUCAUCGGCCGCGUCGAGUUCCACCUCCAGGUCUCCAACUAGUGGGAGGGUGGGAUUGGGGGGGGAUGGGGGACAGAGACGAUGACGACACGCGGGACACACGCGACUUCGUUCAUUAGGGACUCCUAGCUUCGUUUCCCGUGGUCCGCGACUUCAUUUCUUGUGACCCAUGACGUCAUUUCCUGUGGCCCAUGACUUCAUUUCCUGUGGCCCAUGACGUCAUUUCCUGUGGCUCAUGACUUCAUUUCCUGUGGCCAAUGACUUCAAUUGUUAUGAUUCAUGACUUCAAUUCUUGUGACCCAUGACUUCAUUUCCUGUGGCCCAUGACGUCAUUUCCUGUGGCCCAUGACUUCAUUUCCUGUGGCCAAUGACUUAAUUUCCUGUAGCUAAUGACUUCAUUUCCUGUGGCCAAUGACUUCAGUUGUUAUGAUUCAUGACUUCAAUUCUUGUGACCCAUGACUUCAUUUCCUGUGGCCCAUGACGUCAUUUCCUGUGGCCCAUGACGUCAUUUCCUGUGGCCAAUGGCUUCAUUUCCUGUGGCCAAUGACUUCAUUUCCUGUGGCCAAUGACUUCAUUUCCUGUGACCCAUGACUUCAUUUCCUGUGGCCCAUGACGUCAUUUCCUGUGGCCAAUGGCUUCAUUUCCUGUGGCCAAUGACUUCAUUUCCUGUGGCCAAUGACUUCAUUUCCUGUGGCCAAUGACUUCAUUUCCUGUGGCCAAUGACUUCAUUUACUGCGGCCCAUAACUUAAUUUCUUAUGGCCCACGACUUCAAUUCUUAUGGCCCAUGACUUCAUUUCCUGUGGCCUAUGACUAAAUUUUCCAUCGCCCGCGGCUUAAUUUCUCACGACCCACGACGUCAAUUCUUGUGGCCUGUGACUUCAUUUUCUUGUGGCCGCCAACUUAAUUUCAUGUGGCUCCCAACUGAAUUUCCCGUGGCCCGAAAAUGCAUUUCCUGUGGCCUUUGGGCCAGACUUCACUUCACAAAAACAAGAAUCAGGCCACUCUCAGUGCCUGCGGUUUGAGCCCUGAGUCUGGAUGUCUCUCUAUAUAUCUGGGUGGUUCAUAAUGGCCGUGUCGUAGAAAUUGAGCCAACACCACCGAGACCCUGGGUUCGAGUUCUGAGUGUGGGUUUUUCUGAUAGAUCUAUGUGUGAGUAUGUGGGUCUGUUUGUUAGUAUAUGGGUCUCGAUAUGAGUCUAUGGGUCUUUAUGACUCUAUAGGUCUAUGUGACUCUGUGUGUUUGUGUUUGUGGGUCUCUGUGUGAGUCUGUGGGUCUCUGUGUGAGUCUAUAGGUCUUUGUGUGAGUCUAUAGGUCUCCGUGUGAGUCUAUGGGUCUCUGGGUGAGUCUAUGGGUCUCUGUGUGAGUCUAUGGGUCUCUGUGUGAGUCUACGGGUCUCUGUGUGAGUCUACGGGUCUCUGUGUGAGUCUAUGGGUGCUGUAAUCCCUUUGGUUUGAGGCUGACACUCGGGACUCGAACCCAAGGGAUCUCAGCUUCUGUGCACAUCUGAGCCAUCGGGUCUCCACGAUAUAGUGUAAAUAUACAAACAUAACAACAAUAAUCACCAUAGUCCAUAUUAGCCACUACAAAGACAACAUAGGGGAAGUGUAAAUGUAUGAUACUUGAUAGGUCCAACAGCGGUGGCGUAAGUGACGACAUCAGCUCAAUGGUGGAGGGGUUGGUUGUGGAAUAUCGGGUUUUUGAUGAGUUUAACGCGACCAAUAUCCGUUAAAGAGGUUUCGCUGGGUUAGAUCGCGUAAAUAUGAAUGUGUCUUGACUUAAAGCUUUCGUGGCUGCAGGAAUUCAUAUUCUUUGGGUCUUUCGGCAAAGUCGCGUAGAUAGGUUCAAAGAAAAUUAAAAAAACUACGACGUUUCGAUAGCAACACAAGCGAUCGAAACGUCGUAGUUUUUUUGUUAUUUUUCUUUGAACCUAUCUACGCGACUUUGCCGAAAGACCCAAAGAAUAUAAAUGUGUCGGUAAACCUGCCACCACCCGACACGGCCAACUAGUAAGGUUUGUCACGUGAACAGAACGUGCCCAAUUCGUUUCGAGUACAGCAACAAACCGGUUGCGUGUUGGAGAGCAAAUCCACAAUAUUUGACAAAUCUGAGAUUUUUUUUUUAUUAAUGAUAUAUAUAUGAUUGAUUACACCGUGUAACACUAUUUUUUGUUCCUGGGUAGUAAGUGUUAUAUUCUAAUUGCUUAUGCCGAAAAAGUAUAGAAAGUGGCUUUUAUACCCCACGAACUUUUCUUCGUGACUAGGACUUCAUGUGAACGGAAGACGCAAAUUCGCAUUUAUUCUCAUUGAAAAUUGGUACGUUACAAAAUAUCGCUGUCCUGGUCACAAAAGCAAAGUUCGUGGGGAAUAAUAGCCACUUUCUGCACUUUUCAGGCUUAUGCAAUUAUAAAAAAUACCACUUACUACCCAAGAACAAAAAAUAUAAUAAAAAAAUGUUGUUACACAGUGUUUUGAGAUAUCGCGGAUUCCUCUCGCCCCAAUCGUCAUCUUCGUCGUCGUCGUCAUCGACACAAUAUCGUCACUUUCCGCGUAGCGGUCUGGGACGUUUGACGCCAGGACACUGGAACGGCUCCCGUGUCCGCGCGGAGCGGCAGCGUGGGCCAUGAGCGAGGAGCGGCCGCGUUUGUAUCGGCUGUAACUUUUGAAAAGUGAAAUUAAAAAAAGGCAAAAAAAA